GAAAAGGGCUACCAGGAGACCGACUCUGUAGUCAGCUCUGUUACGAUCAAAGUGAAAGGAGUAACUGUGACCAACACAUCAACUCUGGGACCCCGGGUCUGGGAUGUGGCUGACUAUGUUAUUCCACCUCAGGAAGAGAACACCGUCUUCAUCAUGACAAACAUGAUCAUGACACUGAAUCAAACGCAAGGUUCCUGUCCCGAGCUUCCAGAUAACAAAACUGUGUGCAAGUCUGAAGAGGACUGCCGUGCAGGAUAUGUAGGCACUCAUAGCAACGGAGUCCAGACUGGGAACUGCAUUAAGUACAACGGCUCCAUCAAAACCUGCGAGAUCUAUGCAUGGUGUCCUGUGGAGGAUGAUAUGAAUGUACCCAGGCCAGCUUUCCUAAAGGAUGCUGAGAACUUCACCAUUUUAGUGAAGAACAACAUCUGGUAUCCCAAGUUCGACUUUGCCACGCGAAAUAUUCUCCCUAGCAUCAAUUCCACGUACCUGAAGGGCUGUAUCUAUGACUCUCAAACAGAUCCCUUCUGCCCGAUAUUCCGGAUCCAAAAGAUAAUGGAGGCUGCAGGACAGAACUUCCAGGAGAUGGCUGUGGAGGGUGGCGUUAUGGGGCUGCAGAUCAAGUGGAACUGCGACCUUGACAAAGCGGCUUCUCUCUGCGUGCCGAGAUACAGCUUCCGUCGCCUUGACGACAAGAGUUCCAAAUACACCGUCUCCCCAGGCUACAACUUCAGAUUUGCAAAGUACUACAGGGACACAAGCGGCCUCGAGGCACGGACCCUCAUCAAGGCGUAUGGCAUCCGCUUUGAUGUCAUAGUGUUUGGAAAGGCAGGAAAAUUUGACAUCAUCCCUACAAUGAUUAACAUUGGCUCUGGUUUGGCACUGCUGGGAGUGGCAACAGUCCUGUGUGACUUCAUUGUCCUGUAUUUUAUGAAGAGAAGACAUUUCUACAGAGAGAAGAAGUACAAAUAUGUGGAGGACUAUGAACUGGGAGGCAACUCCACCUAUGGGACGCAGCCGUGACAUCCUUGGAGCUGCAGCAUUAACACCCAUAUGCGAAGCACCGCUGCGACUAGUGCCCCACGUCACAUGUGGACAAUGAAGAGAUGCUGCAGGUUCUCUCCUUGGGACAAGAGACUUUCUUGCUAUGCGGAUGCAGCACAGCAGAAGCCAAAGGGAAACUUGGGGUUGCUGGUGUUUUGGAGUUUUGUUCAUGGUAUCAGAAGCAAAGAUCAAGCUAUAGGAUUUGCCUUUUUUUGCCCCCCAUGGAAGCCCGGUGCAUUCCUAGUAUUUAAGUAUACUACUGGCUAUAUCCAUGCCCCAGUUGCCAGCUCAUCUCUUCCCUUUUCAUCUCAACCCGGAGCACUCUGAAGGGCAGGGCAUAGCAGCACUGGGUGGCCUGGGAGGAGGAAGCUAUGCUGCACGGGGGCAACUCCUAGGCUGUGACCUGGUGGAAAUGCUGGUUGCCUUCCUGUAGGGCUACCUGUGAGUGGAAGAAGGGGUACAGAAAAAUGCCUUGCUCACAGAAGAGACAUCCCUUGGAUUGUGUGAGCUCCUUACAGCAUUGCUCUUCACUUUGGGAGAGCACUGAGCCACAUCUUCCUGUCCCAUACUUGUCUUCCUUUUGGGUGAGGGCAAGUCAGUCAGCUAAUCCUCCCCGGCCCACUGCCACCCUGUCGGACCUGCGGCAGCCCCAGAAGCUGAGGCCCUGCACGGUGUUGAGUGGCUGACCACUCUUUCUGGUCCAUUUAUUCAAAUUCAGUUUUUGCAAUAAAGGAAACGCAUCUGAAGCUGUGAAUUGCUGUGUGAGAACUGCUCUGAGCCAUGCUGGAAGGCGGUAAUGUGCCUCUCCUUCAAGAGCACACGAUGGACAUACAUUCAGCAAGUGCCUUGGGUUUUGUUUUCCACUGUAAGUUUAGUCCUCUGAACAGUGAAUAAAGCCAUUUCAAACUUC